AUGGAAGAUGCAAGCAUUGGAGCAUCGUUUGAUGAUGCUCAAUUCCUCACAAAGAAUGGGCAAUCAAAAGAACUAUUUCUAUCCAGCGAUGCCAGUGCUGUGGUUGAACACACAAAAAAGGUCUUGGUGAUUGAGGAUGGUGAAGUUGUUCAUCUUAAGGAUGGAGAUUUGUCACAUUUCAAGUUUGAUCAUGUCAAGGGAAAACAAGGUGAUACUCUUGCUAGGCCUGCUUCUGUGCAGCGUGCAUUAUCCUUUCUUGAUAUGGAGGUUGAGCAAAUAAACAAAGGAAAAUAUGAGCAUUAUAUGCAGAAAGAAAUUCAUGAACAACCUGAAUCUCUCACAACAACUAUGCGAGGGAGGCUCAUACGUGGAGGAUCAAGCAAAGCCAAGUCUGUUCUUUUGGGUGGAUUGAAGGACCACCUCAAAACUAUUAGGAGGAGCAGGCGGAUUGUUGUUAUUGGUUGUGGCACAAGCUAUAAUGCUUCUUUAGCUGCAAGGCCCAUUUUGGAAGAACUUUCUGGCAUUCCUGUUACGAUGGAGAUUGCUAGUGACCUGUUGGAUAGACAAGGACCAGUAUACAGAGAAGAUACAGCUGUUUUUGUUAGUCAAUCUGGUGAAACUGCAGAUACUUUACGCGCAUUGGAAUAUGCAUUGGAAAACGGUGCCUUAUGUGUGGGCAUCACAAACACUGUGAGUAGUGCAAUUGCAAGGAAGACCGACUGUGGUGUUCAUAUAAAUGCUGGUUGUGAGAUAGGUGUGGCAAGUACCAAGGCAUAUACGAGUCAGAUUGUUGUGAUGGCUAUGUUGGCUCUUGCAAUUGGAGGUGACACAAUUUCUAGUCAAGCAAGAAGAGCGGCUGUGAUAGAUGGUUUAUUUCAGUUGCCAAGCAAAGUUAAAGAGGUUCUGAAGCUUGAUCAGGAAAUGAAAGAUCUUGCGAAACUACUUAUUGCUGAGCAGUCUCUUCUCAUGUUUGGAAGAGGAUACAACUAUGCCACAGCUCUGGAGGGUGCCUUGAAGGUAAAGGAGGUGGCAUUGAUGCACAGUGAAGGAAUUCUUGCUGGUGAAAUGAAACAUGGUCCGUUGGCUCUUGUUGAUGAAAAUCUCCCAAUUGUUGUAAUUGCUACUCGUGAUGCUUGCUUCAGUAAGCAGCAGUCAGUUAUACAGCAGUUACAUGCUCGCAAAGGUCGAUUGAUAGUGAUAUGUACAAAAGGAGAUGCAGCAUCCGUAUGUGUUGGUGGAUCCUGUCGGGUAAUUGAAGUUCCUCAGGUUGAGGACUGUCUACAGCCUGUAAUUAACAUAGUUCCAUUGCAGUUAUUGGCCUAUCAUCUAACUGUUCUACGAGGUCACAACGUUGAUCAGCCCCGGAAUCUUGCAAAGAGUGUGACUACUGAAUGAGUUCAUAUCCUCAAACAAAUCUGUUACACAUUGCUAGGGCACUGCAAUUUUGGAAUCUAAUCUAAUUUUACAGUUUACUUUGGUCCACAACUUGACAAAGAUUUGUUCAUCUCUGUCGUUAGUUUUUGGUAGUUUCAUUGGUUUUUGGUUGUCUGCUUUAUUUGAUCUUGGUCUGUGCCUGGGAUCAGUGACAAGCUUUCUAUUGCACACUAAUUUAUAGUGGGGAUAAGUGACAAUUUACUAUGUAAAGCAUCUUUUAAGAAGGUAAUUCGUUAACCGUCUAUCCUGAUUCAUAGUAGUCAUACUGAUUUUGGCAUGCCCAGGAUUCUUUGAUUUAUGAACAUUAUAGUAAGUGAGGUGAUAUUAUCUCAGACCAACCCAUCUAUUUCGUUUCUUAAGACCAGGG